GAAGGUCGCGGCGGCUGAGGCGGCGCCUUUCCCGCCCGGGCCUGUCUGAGGGGUUCGCCGCCGCCGGCGCCGCCGCCUCCUCCUCCAUGGCCGGGGUGGUGCGCUCCCUUGGCCGCUGCCUGUGGCCGGCGGGCGGCGACCCCGGGGCCGAGGCGGCGGCCGGGCCUGUGGAGCCGAGCAAGGAAAGCGGCCUUCCCCGGUCACCGCCGUCCCCGUCCCCGCCGCCGCCGCUGCCUGUUUCUCUCCGCCGCCGGGAGCUGGAGCGCGAGGCGCGCCGGCGGAGCCGCGAGAUCGACGCGCUGCUGGCCCGCGAGCGCCGCGCCGUCCGCCGCCUGGUGCGGAUCCUGCUGCUGGGCGCCGGCGAGAGCGGCAAGUCGACCUUCCUCAAGCAGAUGCGCAUCAUCCACGGCCGCGAGUUCGACCAGAAGGCGCUGCUCGAGUUCCGCGCCACCAUCUACGAGAACGCCCUGAAGGUGGGCUUCGCCGCCUGGCUUAUUUCAGGGCUACACUCUUCUCUUUUUCAACAGGGUGAAUCCGUAAAAUAUUUCCUGGAUAAUCUGGAUCGGAUUGGCCAGUUGAAUUAUUUCCCCAGCAAACAAGAUAUCCUGCUGGCUAGAAAAGCGACCAAAGGAAUCGUGGAGCACGACUUCAUCAUUAAGAAGAUCCCUUUCAAAAUGGUGGACGUGGGUGGGCAGAGGUCUCAGCGCCAGAAGUGGUUCCAGUGCUUUGACGGCAUAACGUCGAUACUGUUCAUGGUCUCCUCCAGCGAAUACGACCAGGUUCUGAUGGAAGACCGGCGCACCAACAGACUAGUGGAGUCCAUGAACAUCUUCGAGACCAUCGUCAACAACAAGCUCUUCUUCAACGUCUCCAUCAUUCUGUUCCUGAACAAAAUGGACCUUCUGGUGGACAAAGUCAAGACGGUCAGCAUCAAGAAGCAUUUCUCAGACUUUAGGGGCGACCCUCACCGCCUGGAAGACGUCCAGCGCUACCUGGUGCAGUGCUUUGACCGGAAGAGGCGGAACCGCAGCAAGCCCCUUUUCCAUCACUUCACCACCGCCAUCGACACCGAAAACAUCCGCUUCGUCUUCCACGCGGUGAAGGACACCAUCCUUCAGGAGAACCUUAAGGAUAUCAUGCUGCAGUGAGUGAAAAUGGAAUCCUCUCCAGAGAAACCUGGCCCCUGGUAGGGCAUCCUUGUCCCCACGGGGUGUCUGUCCUCCGGAGAUCCGUGCUGUGCCUUGGGUUAGGAAAGCCGAGAAGCAGAAGCGGGAGGAUUGCAGGAGCUUCCAGCAAGAGCUCCUGCAUCGCCGCUCCUCAACCAAGAACACAACCGAACGAUCUUAUUUCCUCUCGGCUUUGGGGAAAGCCAGAGUGGUGGGGAAAUGCAAGCAGGGCGUCUUGUGUGAAUUGAUCUUAUUCUGCAACGAGGCCAGAACGUUCUAGCCUCCAUACCCGUCAGCCUUAAAUGAGUUUUGGGUGCUGAAAUAAUGAAUUUGGUAAUAUAUUUCAUUUCUUCACCGAGGUUUCUUUUGAAGAGAACACAUGGCAAUCCGCGGUCAUAAUUCCGAGACCAGUAUAGGAGCCAGGGGCAUACCCAGAGGUUUGCCAGCAUUCGGAUUGGGUUUGCCAACUGGUUGUCUUAGCUCUUGUUUAAGGAAUCUGUCUUCAGCUUUCCUUAUAUGGAAAAUCCAGAGUUGUAAACUGAAAUUUAGACGGUUAUACAAACAAACAAUAUAUAUAUAUAAGCAAGAUGUAUCAAAGCAGGUUAGGUAGCCAAAGCCUAGGUCAGAAGAACAUAGCUUUGUAUAAGAUUGUUACUGCUUGGUGAGACAUCGCUCCAGCAGUAGUAGUGAAAAUAACACACUUAGUGCUUUGGUAAAACAACUUUGAUUCUGUUUAAAAUGAGAUCUGUAUUAAAAAAAAGAAAUCCCCUCACUACCACAGCCUUUCCUGUCUAACAUGGAAGUUAAUCUGAUUUUUAGAUAGGUCUUGGCCAGGAGCAACGGCCCAUAGCACAGUAGUGAAUUGUUGUUUAAAAAAAUAAUAAUAAUAAUCAGUGUUUUGGAGCCACUGAAUUUGGAUUAAAGGGUCCUGCUUUGAGUUUCUUCUUAACUAUAUAGGGAUUUACCGAUGUAUGUCAUAAUGCAUUUUAAAAAAAAAAAAAAUCCGACACGUGUAAUUUGCCCCAUUAAGGCUAGAAUAGAAUAUGUGUGAAUUUGCAGAAGGCUGUGAAUAACAUUGAUGUGAGCUUAUCCCCCCCCCCUCCAUUCUAAAACUUUGUGCUUAACUAUGGGUGCCUUUCUUUUGUGUACAGACAGUUCACACUUUUGUCUACUCUGAAGUAUGUGUCAAUCAAACAAGUCCUGCCUUAUCCAUCCUACAAUCAUUAUUCAGGGAUAAUCUUAACCAUGAGAACUGUUUACUGUGACUUUGGUACCAUAUUUUGUCAUAAAACAAAGGGCUUCGUCUUUCCUAUGAACUUCUUUGAAUGCCAUGCACCCUUUGGGGGACAAUCAAAAUGCAAGGCAAUUUUCUAGGCGCUGAUAGCACAGGUCAAUAACCAGCUUAAAACCCUUUUGUGACUUCCAGUUCAGGGGAGUUCUAAGAUAUAUAUAUAUAUAUUCCCCCCCGUGUGUAGAUCAUUCAGAUUUACGUGUGGUGUCCCACAUUCUAAAGGCCACACUUUCCAUUUUAGUAGUCUAUUUUGUGCAAAGCUGAUCUGCUUCUGAGAAGCGGGUUACAUUUGUUUCCAGGUUUUAAGUAAAAGUAAGACAGACUUAAUCAUUAAAAGCCACAGACUUUCAGCUUCGGAGGCUGUUUCUUUUAAGGGUUACCUAUGAGCACACCUGAAAGCAGUUAACAUCUUGAACCCGUUAUUUUUAUCGUCUCUAAAUAAGAUGUUGUCUUUUGCCAAAAAUCUGAGUUUUGCAAGCUGUAAAACGGUUGUCUGCUGGGGAAAUAAAAGGGAAUGCAUCUUAAGUUUGAUGGACCUUAUUUUAUAAUUAGAGCUAGUGCUAUAUUUAUCCUUUGGAAAUCCUAAAGAGGCCCAGGGACUUCCAGUACAUUCCUCGAAGAGAGUCUUGACAGGAGGAAGGGCCCAAACUCUGCAAAGCUCAGCAACAUCCGAAUGGCACAUAUGCAAAUAUUUUAAUUCAUUUCUUUGCCAGGGGUUUCUUCUGGGUAGAUGAAAUUCGGUCUAUCUGGUAACAUGACUUCUAAAACUUGUCUCCAGUAGUAGCACAAGCCGCUUUACAAGUACAUUUGGUCAUGACCCACACCUCAUUUUGGAAAUUUGGCACUUACAAAAAAAAAAAAAUUGGCGCGGAAGGGGAAAUCGGCCACAGUGGAAAAAAAUGUAAAUUUUUUGGUCGGAACCCAAUUUGGUUGUGGUCAGAAGCGUUCGUGACCAGAGGUUCUACUCUACUUAAAACCUGAAUUAUGCCACCAGUCACCUCUUAAAGUGGUUUUUAAAGAACAAGGUGCUAAUCCACACUGUAUUUAUCAAGACUUACUUUUUAUUCUUUUUUUCCUAUUGUAGAAGCAUGCCUUGCCAAAUGUAUUAUACAGCUCUACGUUUCUUCGAUAACCAAAUAACAAGUUGUCUUGUGGUAUAAACAAGAGCUUACCGAGGAAAACAAAUAAAAGGUUUUGAUAGCCAGAUAAAACUUCAAAUUGUCUAAUCCACCCAGUGGAUCUCGAAGGCGGUUUAUAUUGCUUUUAGGACAUGGUUAAGAUUUUUUUACUCCUUCGCCUUACCGUUAUAAGCUUAUUCUCAUGACCCUAGCCAUCUUCUGUAGGACUGUGAUUGACAUUUAAUAUCUAAGCUCAUCUUUGUGGUUGCCACAUUAUUUGUAUACCAGCCAGUCUUUAUUUAUUACGUUUAACCAUAAAGCCUCUAAUUCUCCCUGCUAGUCCAGUCCUAAAAAUCUAUACUGUACAGCACUUGCAUAUAUAACAUAAGCACAUCUACUCAGCCACAUUCAUGUUGCUGUAUAUUGUUCAGUUAACAACCUCAUUUUUUUUGUAACCCAGUGCAGACCUAUUACAUGCUGUUUAACCAUCUGAAUCCUCUAUCUGUGGGGUUUUUUUUUUCUCUGACUGAGCCACAACCCUUUUUAAUCUAAUUGCCUUCAUUCCAAACCCCUGUCCGGAUUGUUCCUCUUCCAAGCACACUUGGAAAAAGGAAGG